UCAGCAGACAGACAUAAAGUGCCCGGAUGUUUCUCCAUGUGACUUCACAAGCGCCUUCAAAGUUGUUGUUGUUGUCCUCGAAAAGCAGGUUAUUUUGACGUCUUAAAGAUUUGAAAGAAGUAUGCGCCGUACUCGGUCUAGAGGAAUGCGUGGAGGACCUGGCCGAAUGCCGCCUUUCAUGCGCGGUCCUCCAGGACAGAAAUUUGUUGUUAGUCAUUCUACGUUUGAUCCAGCAAUGGCUGAAAACUUCUUUCCAAGAACUACUUCUGUCUUGGAUGAAACAGCUUUUACACAGGCUCUUCUGAAAAGAAAUCAAGAGUUAACUCCCAGUGGACAGGAACAGGCUGCUGUUCAAAAUCUUGUGACCAAAGUGACAACAGUUUUAGAUAAUUUGAUUGUUACACCAGAUGCAGCUGAACUGGGUUUAGAAGAGGUUCGUGCUGUAGGCUCACACAAAAAAGGAACAAUGCUGCUUGGUCAUCCAGUUGCUGAUUUGACUGUAAUUCUUAAAAAGUUGCCAUCAGAAAGUGAUAUUCUUGCUCUGGCAACAAGAGUGCAGAAAUCAUUAAAGGAUGAUGGUGCAUCAGCAGAUUAUCCAAUGCAGUCAAAUGAGGGUGGAUUCAAUAUAAGCAGUCCUGAGGGUGCCCUUGUUCGUGUACUGAUCACAACACUUCCCAAAAAUCUCCGAGAUGCUGACCCAACAAAGCAUGUUGAUGUGAAGCUUCUAGAAGGAGCGCUGGCAACAAUUAGACAUGCUCGCUGGUUUGAAGAAAAUGCUUUUCAUACAAGUACCCGUCUGUUGGUGAGACUUUUUAAAGACCUUAGAAAACGUUUUACAGGAUUACAGGGUCUCACACCAUGGCUUAUAGACUUGCUUGCCCAUCGUGCUGCUAUGGUGAAUUCUUCUCGACAACCUCUUCCAGUCAAUGUUGCUUUUAGGCGUGCCUUCCAGCUCCUCUCAGCGGGACUGUUUUUGCCAGGUUCUUUAGGAAUAAUUGACCCAUGUGAGUCAGGAAAUGUGCGUGCCCACAGUGUUCUAAGCCUGGAGGAGCAGGAUGCAGUGACAACUUGUGCCCAGACUCUUCUUCGAUGCUUGAAUCAUGGCGCGUACAAUGAAAUAUUAGGAUUGAAUCAGGAAGGAAUUCCUCCAGUUGCAUUAGACACCGAGGUAUCCAGCUGGGGAGGGGUGAUUGUCACACCAGGACAGAAAGCUUAUGAGAAGCAACAAGACCAAGAAGACGAAGAGGGGGAGGGUGAUGGAGACGACGAUGAUGAGGAAUCAUCUGAGAUGUCAGGCCAGGAACUGGCUGAAGAAAAGAUGGAGACAAGCCAGGAGAGCUGAACAUGAAGUCCUGAGGAUGCCUUCUGGACCACUUGCUGUAUCGCAAUUUUAGAUUUUGCUUUGUAAAUUAUUGUUUACUUCGUAGUGCGACAUUAAGAAAUGUUUUAGCAUUAAAACUGUGUACUUUCAUCUC